AUGGACUCUCGCGCCGAACCUCAACAACAACAACAACAAAACACCCAAUCCGAAGCGGUGACUAACAACGUCGUGUCCGAGCAGCCCGCCGCUGCCCCCUCGAUGGACCCGACAAAGGCACCGACCAGACUUGGUCUCCGCGGCGGCGGUGAAGGUGAAGAUGUCUGCUGUGGCGUGUAA